AUGGAUAACACGGUAGAACUGUACCAUGAGUUUUUAAAUUUAAUGGAAUCAACAAAUUACCACGAUGAUUUGAUCACGAUCACCGCAGAAGAGCCACCAUUACCAUAUACCAAUCUCCCACUUAACUUAAACUUGCAUUUGAAUAUAAAUUCGUACUACGACAAGUUGACGGGGACCUGCGACUGCACCUUUGAUUCGAAGCUGUAUUUUAUAUCAAACGGGUACGACGAGUGCCCUGGAUUACAGAUGCAUGUGGAAGAGAACAGAAUGUACACUGGCAUAGAGUUUGAUGUUGAGGAGAACGACGAACUACUCAGCGAGACAGAAUGUGACAAUCCAGUCGCUCCAGGGCUAUUUCCAACUAUGAAUGUCGAUAACGAACUCCAAUUUAUGAAGUUUGACAAGCUACCCAUAGUUCCCUCGUAUAUUUCUAAGUAG